AUGGCUUCUUCCACACAUCAGCAAUUCGAACCCCUCAAGAACGACCUCCUCCUCCGCACCGCCCGCGGCGAGAAGGUCUCCCGCCCACCAUGCUGGGUGAUGCGGCAAGCAGGCCGCUACCUACCCGAAUACCACCAAGCCAAAGGCAAACGAGACUUUUUCGAAUGCUGUCGUGACCCCGAGGUCGCCUCUACGUUGACGCUGCAACCCAUUGAACGCUACGAGGGUCUUAUAGAUGCAGCGAUCAUCUUCAGCGAUAUUCUUGUGAUCCCGCAAGCGAUGGGUAUGGAAGUCAUUAUGGUUGAUGGCAAAGGUCCGCAUUUCCCCGAUCCGCUCGUCACGCCGGAGGACAAGCAGUAUAGUGAGGUGAUGGAAAGGGAGGUGGAUGUCAAGGAAAGCUUGGACUAUGUUUACAAGGCUAUUACUUUGACGAGGCAGAAGCUCGCGGGUCGGGUGCCGCUGUAUGGAUUUUGCGGAGCGCCGUUCACGUUAAUGUGCUAUAUGGUAGAAGGAGGUGGGAGUAAGAUCUUCAAGCAAACGAAGACGUGGACGUUUCGAUAUCCGGAAGAGACAAAGAAGCUUUUGCAGAAGAUCGCGGAGUUGUGCGUGGAGUACUUGGCUCUACAGGUUGUGGCUGGCGCGCAGAUUGUGCAAGUGUUCGAUUCCUGGGCUGGGGAGCUGUCGCCGAGCAGUUUCAACGACUUUUCGUUGCCAUACUUAAAGUAUAUCUGUGAUCACUUACCGAAGAGGCUACAGGAGCUGGAGCAGGAGAAGGUGCCAAUGGUCGUGUUUGCGAAAGGUGCUUGGUAUGCGCUUGACGUGCUAUGUCAAACAAAUUAUGAUGUGAUAGGGUUGGACUGGUUGCAUGAUCCAAAAGAAGCGUACGACAAGGCGCAGCGGUACGGCAAGGUUGUGCAAGGGAACGCUGACCCUGGCGUGCUGUAUGGUGGUCACGAUGCUAUCACAAGGGUUGUGCAGGAGAUGGUGAACGGCUUCGGUGGUGGUAAGCAGGGCUGGAUUGCCAAUCUUGGCCACGGCAUCACUCCCGGUGUCAACCCAGACGAUUUGAAGUUCUUCUUCGAGGAGGUCCACAGACUAUCAGGUAGCUGA